AUGAACACAGAAGGAAAAACACAAAACACGAACAAACACGAGCAACGACCGGCACUGGCUACCUUCCCGGGGCGGCGAACGCUGCGUGGUGAAGCGGGAAACGACCGGCAGCGCGCGAAAGAGGAGGCGGCGAGUCGCGAAAGCAAGCGGGAGUGGAUGCAGGCAAAUUUUUCCAAUUUGACGGGGCCAGGAGUGUUUUGGAGGGAGUCCUGCCUUUUCUCACAGGGGCAAAGCUUGAGGCAAAGGCUGCAAAAACAGCAACAAGAAAACGGAGGAGUACACCCCAUCGAGCUGAUUCAAACCGAUCCAGACUGGGCCAUCUUCGAUUGGGAAAGAGAAUGCGGAUACACGUGCAACAACACCAAAGUGGUUGACCCGGUUGAACAAGAGGCAGAAAGAAAAGCGGUGACGGUGUGGGCGGAGGCGGAAGCUCGAACGUUUGUAGAGAAGUACCUCAUGUACCCAAAGAACUUCGAGAAAAUCGCAGCUUGCCUUGACGGCAAGACCACCAGAGACUGCGUUGACUUUUACUACCGGUUCAAGUUCAAGUUUGGCCUGAAGAGGAAGCUGCAGGAGUUAGAGGACGGGACCCGCAUCAAGAAGAAGAACAGGCACAUUGGCUCGAAGCAAAUCCGCAGGGAGGAGCUUGUGCAUGAGGCGGUGGCGACUUUGUCAGCAGAGUGCGGAACGGAGCUCAUGCGGAGUUUCAAUGAUCGCAACUUUUUGCCUUUUGACGUUUACAGCGACCACCUGCUGCACAGAGAGGCCCUUCAUUCAACUCUCAAGGAUCCCGCAAGUUGCCGUGGAGAAGACUGGGGAGAAGGGGAAAGCGACAGCGCUGAGGUUUUUGUAGAGAACAUGAAUGAUGGCUACUUCCUGCCAGCAACAACGAAAGGGCUCGUUGUGCCUGGCCGCGUUGUGAGCAUUGCAAAUGAUGCGCCUCUGUGGGGGCCACCGCAGCGCUGCUUCGUGCCUGGCUGUCUGCUGAUAGACAGGCCCAGCACCCAGCCGCAGCAGCAGCAGCAACAGCAGCAGCUGCUAUUGCAGCAAGAGGGUGGCUCGGAAGCCACAGCCGCAGCAGCAGCAGCUUCUCCACCCACUGCUCCGCUGCCCCUCACCCUUAAAUCAACUCAACUGGACACUCUCCUCACGUGCAUGCAAGUCGCAUCCCGCAGGUUUUGCCCACAGGAUGACGAAGGGGGGCCCUCUUACAUGACCCGUUCCCGCGCUGCUCGGGCUCGCCCGGGGCCCUGUGGGCCCGUUGGGGGGCCUCCCACGCUGCAUCAUUUGGGUGCAGCCAUUAAUCGUUCGGGCGCGGCGGGGGCCCCUGCUGUUUUUGCGGGCGGCGGGGGGCCCGGGCAGCUUUCUCCUGCUGCUAGGGCAGUGGAUUGCCUGCUAACCCGCCUUCGAAACAUAGUCCGAAAUAUGCACCACAACACGCGACUGGGAGCGAGGGAUAAGCGGCGGGGUAUGGCUGACGACGGAGAGGUGGGAAACCUCGCACUUCCCGGCAGUCCCUCUACCGCCUUGAGGAUUGGGGAGGACGAGCUGCCUCCGCCAACGCCAGAAUGA